AUGCUGUUUCUGACAGCCUUACUGCUGCUUAUCUCGACUGUCGUGGCCAACGCUGAGAACUGCUCCGUUCAAAUGAUCUACGAAGUGUUGGAACCCAUUACCUCGGACCCCAACUUCGCUACAUGCCAGACUGACAGCAACUACUCGAUGCUGUCCUUUGAGAGCCCCACACUCAACCAGACUGAAGGAUUCUGUGCCAGUUCUGUGUGUCAAGCUCUCCUCAAUACCACGUUAACGUCGGGUUUACUACCGGAUUGUCAGGUGGUCAUCGGAGCUCACUCUCUAAACCUCACGGAUGCUGUUCGUAUCGCAUCGAGAUGUGCCGACACUCUGGAAGAACGUGCUGUGGGCGAGGAUGAAGGAGAAAACACACUUGGCCAUACAGUGGACAAUAUCGUGGAUGUUCUCGCCCAUUCGAUCCCCAUGGAGGAGCUUGUCAUGGGUCUGCUGCGAAAGUAG